UUUUAAAUAAUAAUAAUAACUAUAAGAAAUUUAGUAGAGGAGUUAAGUAGUAUUAAGUAUUAAUUUAUUAGUAACCAUAGAACUGUCAGCUGAUUUAAUUUUUUAUUUUUCAAGGCCCCCGCAGUAGGCCCCAGUCCACGGAGUCCCAUAUUAUUUACCUUGAUCUAUCUCUCAUCAUUUCUCCAUCUAUCCUCUGUUGUCCUCUGUCAGAAUCAGAAUAUAUACUCGGUAUUAUAUAUAUACAUAUAUAUAUAUAUAUGUAUUGUUCCACUACUUCAUUGUUCUCCAUUCAAUUUUAUGAGCUCAGCCUGAACUACUCAGCUCAUAUGCAUCAGUCUUUAGUGAUAAACUAUAAAAUUAAAUAGUGAAAUAGUGAAAUAAUAAUAAUUAAAACAAAUAAAUAAUUAAUAAUUUAUAAUUAUUAAUAAUUUUGACAGUAAUAUUGUCAAUUAAACGGAUGUAUUAUUCAAAAUUAAGGCUUUUAAAUGAUAUCGCGAAUAUUCCGUGGAGAAAAUGAAAAUGCUGCUGUUAAAAGAAAACGUCAGAUAGAUACAUUGAAAAUUUUUAAUGAUAAUGUAGCUGAAUUAAGAGAAGAUGCUGAGUAUCAGGUACAAUUUGAUGCUGGAGAAACACGAAUGGCUAUUAUGGUAUCAUUACCACCGGAAUUUCCAUUAGAAAAACCAGUAUUAAGAGUUUCACCACCUGUGACACAUCCUUGGUGUAAUGAACACAGUGAAAUAACGAGCGCACCUGGAUUGCUAAAUUUUACAAUUCACAGUGAUCUUGGUCGUGUUGUACAAGCAAUUAUUAGAGAAUUUAGUAAAAAUCCUCCACAAUUAACUGAUGAUAUUUCUUUAACAAAUAAAUCUCGAGAGUUACAAGAUCGAAUAUCUCCACCGUAUGGUUUCCAACGUUAUCCAGAAUUACAAUCCACAUUGUAUAAUACGUAUUACAACUCACAGUAUCCGGCAUACUCAACAUCCAGCAGCAGUAAUUACAAAUAUAACUAUGUCAACUCAUGCAUAUCAAAUCAAAAUCAAUUUACAUCGUCUUUGCACCGUCCAACGUACACAUCUACUGGUAGUUCUGGUAAUUCAAAUUCUAUCGGGACUGCUAGUCCUGUUCAGUACUCGAAUGACCAUCGGCCAGUUAGUUACAUUAAUUCCCACAAUUACAAUACAGCGAGUUAUAACAAACCUGUGACAAUAAAUCCACCUCCACAUACGGCGGUAUCCAGUCCAGAGUUUCCGGAGCUUAAUAAUUUAACAAAUGAACAGCUUGUUAAGCUUGCUGAAGAAACGGACAGUCUUGAUACCUUUCUGAGCCAACAUUCCCAGCUUAAAGAUAUUAAUUUAUUGAUUGACGAGACUAUCGAUAGCGUUGAAACAUUAGCUAAUGAUAAUCUAGCCAAAGAGACUGAAUUAAAAACACUUAAAGAAGAGGUUGCGUCUAAAAUAAAAAGUGUGUCAGAACUUAAAGCACAUUAUGAUAAUUUAAUUAGCCAAUAUAGCAAAUUGUCGCAAGUAUUUGCGCCAGAUCAUAUACGCGAGUGUUUAAAACAGGCUGCUGAUGAAAGUCAUGAGCAGAGUGAAUUGAUUGCUGAAAAUUUUAUCAACCGUAAGAUUGACGUUGAACAUUUUUUGAGCAGCUAUAUCGAGUGCCGUAAAUUAGGCCAGGCAAGACGUACCAAGGAGGAAAAAUUGGGACAUCAGUUGAAUGAACUGAAGCGAGCUGGUUAUUAAUACUAAUAAUACUAAUAAUUAUUAUUAUUAUUAUCAAAAUUUACAUUCGAUUUAUGGGUUUGUCAAUUUAUACGCAUAUAUAUUAGACUGAUUCAAAAAAAUCAACUAUUUUUUAUUUUUCAAGAACUUUCGAAAGUUUCAGAAGGGUAAAAAAUGUCUUUAAAUUAGAGCUCUUAAUAUCAACAUUUACUUCUUGAUUGCAAUUUUCCAUUUUCCACUUAAAAAACAUAGGAAAUUUUUUUUUUAAUUUUAAAUUUUAUAACUCAUCAACGAAAAAUUAUACCGAAAAGAUCAAUCCAUAUUUUUGUAGAGAAUUGAAUGUUCUACAAAAGUCUUAUAAUUUUUCGAUAAAUUCAGUAUUUUAAAAGUUAUUCGAGGUCAAAGUUGAAUUUAUAAAAUUCUUUAUGUUUUUCCACUUUUUUGGCGAAACUAUCAGACUUAUUAUAAAAUGCCAUAGGACCUUUUUUGUAGACCGUUCAAUUUCCAACAAAUUAUCGCUUGUGUUUUUCAAAAUAUUUGAAUGCUCUUUAAUUAUUUGCAUUAGAAUUAAAAUCAGCCAUAAUACGACUUUUGAAACUUAUUGAUUUUGAAUGCAAAUAACUAAAAAGCAUUCAGGAAUUUUUAAAAGUUCGUAUAAAAUAAUAUGUUGGAAUUGAAACGGUCGACAAAAAAUAUCCUAUGAUAUUUUGUAAUAAGUCUGAUAGUUUCUUCAGAAAAGUGGAAAAAUAUAAAAAUUCUGUGAAUUCAACUUUGACCUCGAAAAACUUUUGAAAUAUUGAAUUUAUUGAAAAAUUACAAUAGACUUUUGUGUAGAGCAUUCAAUUCUCUACAAAAAUAUGGAUUGACCUUUUCGGUAUAAUUAUUCGUUAAUGAGUUAUAAAAUUUCCAAUUAAAAAAAAUUUCCCAUGUUAUUUAAAUGGGAAAUGGAAAAUUGCAAUCAGGAAGUAAAUGUUGAUAUCAAGACUUCUAAUUUUAACAAACGUUUUUUUUUACCCUACUGAAGCUUUUGAAAGUGUCUCCGUAAAAAAUAAAAUAUAGUCUUUCUUUUUUUAAUCAGUCUAAUAUAUACACAUCAAUAUCUAUUGAACAAUGUAUACAGACUGUAAAUAUCACACUCGUAAAUACCUACUGCAAUCAUCAACUCGGUAAAAAAUUUUUAAUUUCCUCCAUAAAUUUUUUUUAUUAAUUUCUAAAACGGCAAAAUUUAAAUAAUCGGAAUAAUUUAAAAAAAACGAUCUACUAUUUUAUCUUGUACAUAAUAAAUAAUAAAAAAAUAUUAGAGAAGAAAAAAAUAUAUAUAUAUAUUAUAUAUGUUCAGGGAUGUACAAUGGUGUUACCUACAUCAUAAUAAGAAGCUUACGUGUAUUUAAAUAGUAAUGAGAUUAAUGGUUCCACGUUCGUCACACUAAAGAAAAUAAAAAAAAAUAUAAAUAUAAAACAAAUUUAAAAAAUUAUUAAAUGUGCGCAUAAUUAAAUUUAAAUUGUCUGCAAAUUAUUUAAUUUUGUAUUUAUAUAUUAAAAAAAAAACAAAUAAUGAUAAUGGACGUAUAACAAAUGUCUAUUAUAUUUUCUUAUAUCUCUCCACUGCUGCAUUUGCGUUAUCGGUUUAUGUAAUAAAAAUUAGAUCAAGUACGUAAU